GUUGACCUGUCGUCCGCACACGUCAGGCAAACACUCAUGUAUGAGUCAAUAAGGCGCAAACAAGCACGCGAAUACGAAAGAGUGGGAAGGAAAUGGGGGGAGGAAGACACAGCGCUGAUUGGCAUGGUUCCAUUCACUUACUGCGAGCAAACGCUGUGUGGACAAGGCAAGGCAUGGGUGCGAUCGGUCAAUCUCUCUCAAGCUAGCUCGCUUUCUGAAGAAGAAACACUGGCUACUGUUACUGCCCUCCGUUAGAACGCAGAAGGCGCUACUCACACCCCACACGGAUAUCAUCACACACCUGCCCCAUUCACUAUCUUCCUUGUGCUUGUCGGGCCCCCUGAUCUCCAAUUGGCCUUCCUUACCACCAUCAACACAUCAGACGAGCCAAUACGUGACGCCUCGGGUACCGGGAUGGACAUUUUCCUGCUUAUCUCUCCAUCAAUCAAGUCAGCCAUGACCACUCCCCCAUAAGUAAGAUCGCCGCCUGUCUUGGGGUUCCAAUACUGGAUGGAGUACGUAGUCUUCCCGACAACAGUGAGUUCUACUGUUGUCGUAUUGGUAAAAGUGUAGACGAGGUAGAUGUCGCCCUCUUUGGCGAAGACGAAGUCGUCUUUUUGCUCCGUCAGGUGAUUACUGCCAGUCAUUCCCCAGAAGGGGAUGCGAUUGUCCUUCAUGAAUCGCCAGGCAAGAUUUACCUGCGUGAACAUUGUGUCACGGCUUCGAAAGUCUUCACAGGUCAUGUCCGAGCACGUCGAGUAUGGGACGUCCUCCCUAUCGCCAUUGCCAAUCGUCGGGCCUUUCUCGCCCGUUUGAUGCCUGCGAAAACCCCAACCAAAAUAGAACUCGACGCCGGACCCUCCAGCCAUCAGUGUGCCCCACAACACGUUGGUUCUGAUGAAGUCAUGAUUGGGGUCAUUCAAAUCGAUGUCCACGCCUGAGUAAGGAAAGCAGGCUGGAUUCGGGUGGAUUCGGGAAGCGAAGAAACGGUCAUGGUACCAAGCCAGCUCAGCCCUUGCUCGUCAUUCGACACAACAAAGGGGUUUGCGCUUCCGGCUGAUUUGGCGAUCCACUCUGCUACCUCGGCGUUGAUCUGCUCAGGGAACUUGCACUGAAGAGACGCCCCUGUUCUGAAAUGAGCCACAACGCAGCCAAUGAGGAAAUCCAGACAACAUACAGAGCUUCAUCCGUUUUACACUUUGCUGGUAUCGCUGCGAAUCAGCGCGGGGUAGACCUUUUCCUUCCAAUCAGGGUAGGUGUGUACAUCUAUCGGGUGGUCGUACGGGUCAACACUUCUGAUAGAGUCAGCCGCUGCGAGCAGUAACGACGUCGGCAUCUUAGUCUCUUCACCUAAAUUCCACACGAGUUGGGGAUGGUGGCCAAAGCGAGCAACUAACUCCCGGUAAUAGACCGCCCUCCGCACAGUAAAGUGCUUCUUGCCGUGGAUAAAUUCGUUCUCUGUCUCUUGCGUCUUCACGUGCAAUCCAAUACCCUUCUGCGUCGCGUGCUCGAAUGCGAUCUCCCAUUGGUCGGUCUUGCUCACAUCGAUUCGAAAGGAGGACUCGCUAGUGUAAGGGAAUACAUUGCCGUCGUCGCCUGUAUUUUUCCAUCACCGAGUGCCAACAACGACACCAUGUGCACAUGAGAUCAUGCCCGUCUGUGCGCGAUGUGACCUUGCACGUUGUAUGUGAGGAAGACAUCAUGUUGAGACCUUUGGAAGCUAAAUAGUUGAUGGCGCCAAUCAGCCCCUUUCCCUUCCCAUUGGCCCAAGUGGGGUUGCCCUGAAUCUAAUUGGAGAAGCCAUCUGGCACCAACGUGGAUUUCUUACGUUCCUCCAAUCUUUCGUGUGGUUCUUAUAUUGCUUCCGCAAGUCUACACAAGCAACAGCACGUCUAUCUGUACUGUCUCGAGCUGAUGUGCCGUUGAACCAGCCCGACCAAGAUGGUUGGGAGUGUUAUCAAAAUCGUCGUAGGCAAGCAGGUUCUCCGGCGAGUCGGUGCCUAUCUUCAAAAAAUAUUCUUCGCUUCCCUGGGAGCAGCACAAGUAGACAAGGCAACACGUGGUUUCACGUGCUGCGUGCAGUCUCCCUUCCUCCCUUCCUCCCUUUCCCAGUUUGCAUUCAUACUUACCGCCAACCAGAGAUACCUCUUGCCCACGUAUUGGAGGAGUCCCUUGACCCGCCCAUCCCUGCCCGUCUUGUCAGAGGGCUUCACCAGAAAUUCGCCCUCAUAGCCGUCCAUGUAGCCUGCAGACUUCCCCGGCAACGUCGGGUCCAAUAUGAUAUUCUUUCCUCUGCGAAAUGCCACACUAUAGCGCCACCGCCCGACAUGGGGAGGUGUGAAAUGGCAGCGCCAUUUGUUGCCUCCUGUGGCCCCGGUGUUGGCUGCACUGCCGUCUGCGGCAAAAUAGCCAGGUACUGUGUAAGUCCGAUCGCCGCUUGCCCCAAUGUGGGUGAGGUUGACAGUGAGGCGGUAAUAUGAAAAAGGGCUGGGCAUAGCUGCCUCCUUUGUCGCUGGGCCCGAGAAGGUGAACGUCAGCUUGUGCCAUUGCUUCUGCAGCAUGUGACGCAACAGUCAAUAAGCUGUGCUGUUGAUUGACUGUGUCCUCAACCUGACCAUUUCGCCAGUGGCUUUGAGAGUGGUGACGGAAGUGAGCGUCUGCGACUUGACCAGAAAGGGCAAGAGGCACAGCAAAAGCGCUAGGAGGGUGUAGCAUCUUUCGGCGUUCGUCCUGUCAAUACACAUAUCGCGAAGAUGUAUGAUCGGUGUACGACGCCUGAUGCUGUAUCGGCAAUACACAACGAAUUCGAGUGGAAACAUUGCCGUUUUUUAAUACAGG